CCCUUCGGCGACAUGCACCCCCAGCAACAACACACGACUGCACUGCAGAGCAAAAGCAACGAACUAGCAUAUGCCCAAAAUACUCCCGAUGCGGAGUCACCGGACCAUGUGUUGCUACACUUUAAUGGUCAUUUCAAUGGUCACUUCAACGGCGCCAUCAUGGUCCCAAACACCAUGAGCCCUACCGCAAAUCCCGGCAGCAAUUCACACGUGGCGACGCGCGGAACUUCGGCGAAACGUAGCUCGCGGUCUUUCUCUUCAAGAUUAUCACGGACAAGGUCACGUAAAAUGGAGGUGGUUGGAAAGUCGGCCAAGCCUGGCAUCACAGUCGACACCAGCUUCACGAGACACCGAGGCAACGCUCCACACCAGAUCCACCCCGAAGAUGGCGGGUGGAAGAACAGCAGCGGGUCUAUGAAGAAACAAAGCUGGCUUGGCUUGGGGCGAUCAGGCACAAAAACCAAAGGAUUGGGCAUAACAAAAGGCACGCCCCAACCGGGCUAUUCCAGCGACCCGAAAACCGCAGACUCAGUGACACCAGGAAACGAAAUCUCGCCAUGGGACCGGCGUAUACCCAUCGGUAUCUCGAUCCCAUCGGAUAGUGUGACUGAUUUCAGUCCGUACCAAGGAACAAGAAACCGAUCAGAAAGUGAUACGACCAUCCCCACCCCCAGCAUAAUCAUCACACCUGCUGCGGCCAUGAAGUCAGUCUGGUCGCCCGAUACCGCAUCCGACUAUACACCUGCGAGAUCAUCCAGCAUCUACUCGCGGGCCACCUUCAAUAUGCAGCAUUAUAAUCCCGAUGUCCCACCAGUCCCAGCUCUUCCUGCAGGCAUGGUCAACACUCCAUACAAGCCAGAUAUUUACGUGUCACACAAGAGGAGCGAUACGGCCGAUUCAGCGGGAACAGAUUUUGAGGAAGAGGAAGACGAAACGAGAAGAAAAGAUCGUAUAAUGUCCACAGGGACAAUCUUCGAAGAAGACAACACACCACUGAGAUACAAGGAGACACAAUCAACACUUGCUGUUGACACUGCUACUACCCCUACGUCACGCCGGUCUCAAGGAUGGUGGAAUGUAAUAACCACUCCGUUCAUCAUGUCUCGUACCAAUUCAGUGUGGACGCAAAAUGGACCAACCGGCCCUCACAUCGAUACCACUGCAAAAGUUCCAUCCAUGGAGCAAAAAUCCCGCGAAGUAUCUCCAUCUACCCCAUCAACGUAUAUCUGGUCUGCUUCGGAGAAGAGUCCAUCAGUACAGGGCGAUGUAUUCCCUUUGGCUGCUUCCAAGUUGGAUGCGACUGCGAAAUCACCACCCUCCGAUAUUGCGCUCCCACGUGGAACUGUUCAAGAUAGCACCAAGACAACACCUCCCAUAGCGCAUGUUGAAGAGAAGGGUAGCAAACAAGCUACUGCUGUCGUCGGAGGUAGUGUGACUAGUGUGACAGCGGACGUUUUCACUAAAAACCAGAAAACUUCGUCUGCAAGCCCGAAUGCCACACCUGCUUUCUCGUCCACUUCAUCAUCGCCCGGUAUUGGAAAGGCCACUACGACCACAGUCGCACAGCCUCAACAGCUGGAGGCCACUUCGAGGUCACAACCAACUUUUGUGAAUAUAGAGCUGCAAGACCGCCAGGCACUACCUCUCGCGGAACGGAGAGCAGCCAACGCACAGCCAACGGCUCUGCAUAUACACAUUCCACCAGGGAAUCCGGGACAGACGCCUCCUCAGGUGUUUCAUUCACAGCAACCGGUUCCAGUCUUCCCACCACCACCCACCUUUUCCAAGAACAAGUCUCACAAAAGCUCACGACAUGCUAGCCGCUCUAGCAGCCCGGCCUCAACAACGUCAAUCACGGAGCUGAAAAGCCAGAAGAAAGUUCAGAAGAAACACAGAAAAGCCAACACCAUCAUGUCCAAGUUCGCGCUAUGCCGAGGACGGAAGGGCAAAAAAGAAGAGAAGAAGGACAAGAAAAAGAGAUCAAGGUGCUUGUGGUGUUGCGGGUGUUGUAUCAUUAUACUGGUCUUGCUCGCCAUCAUCAUUCCUAUCGUCGUAGUAUUCACAAGAAAGCAUAACAACAACACCAACGGCAACAACAACACUGACAAACCCAAUCGGCCAACCGAGGUUAAUUCACAGUGGCUCAAUCUUACUGGAUUCCCCCCAAUUCCCACGGGUGUAUCAACCAUCUCUCAACCCGAGGCGGUGGAAGAACAGGCCGGAUGUGUUCAACCAGCUACUGCUUGGAGUUGUGCUCUCCCCAAGGAGCAACAGAAUGACAUUGGCGCGAACAAGCCCGACCAACCCAACUUCAGAAUUGAUAUCCUGUUCCAAAAUGACACCAUCCCUGAUGCUUCCAAAACUCAACCUCUCCGAAGAGCUGUGAACCCGGUAUCAGCAGGCGCCUUCAUGCGCUCAAUCCUGUUGAAAGCCCGAGCUGUCCCGGUAGCCUCUCCUCCCGCCCCCAGUGCCGAAGAUCGCAAAUUUCUAGGGCAGACCACUGAGAAGGUGUCCACCCCAUUCGAGGGAGAAGACACUCCCUUCUUCAUCAGCUUCCAGGAUGCACAGUCUGCGGUAGCCUCUCGCCUCUUAAAGCGGCAGAGCGAGUCGAAUGACUCUGAUACUAUCACUGCCGCUAUACCCCCUCCAGCCCUGAACCCAGACGGUACGGCCGCACCCGCCGACCUAUAUCCCACGGCCUCCGGCCAACCGCUCCGUCUGUUCAACCGGGGCAAAGCCGACGAGUACUACGGAUUCUACACGUACUUUGACCGGUCCAUUUUCCUCAAGACAAUCGACGACGAAUCGGGGCGCGGCGGCAAUCCAUCCGACCUCAACGGCGGAAGCGCGCGCGACGCCGCCACGGUACGCUGCACAUACGCGCAGACGCGGUUCCUCGUGCAAAUCUGGACCCGCAGCGAAACCACCAAACCCAUGCUCCGCGGCACGCCCACGACGGCGACUCCCCCCUCGAGCUCGCAAGACGCCGAUGCGCUGCGCAGACCGGGAUCCUUCCCUUACCCCGUCACCAUCACGGUGGACCGUCACGGGGGCGACGCGGGCAAGAAGAUGAUGUAUUGCUACCGCAUGGAGAAGGAUACGCGGAUUGUGGACAAAGCGGAGAACAAGCUGUUUAUUGUCGAGGAUCGCGGGUUUGGGGGUACGCUGGUGAAUCCGGCGGAUGGGUUGGGGAACGUGAGCAGUCCGAUUGAGGGCGGGACGGGGGGUUGCAAGUGUGCGUGGCAGAACUGGUUGGCUUGA